ACAGUGCUACAGUGCCCCCAAAGGGUGCCUGAGGCUUCACUUUUUCCUGCCGCCGCUACUGAUUGCCGUCGCGCCUGUCGGAGCAAAAUGCUGCCCCAUUUUACAUCACCCGUUUGAGCAAACAUGGUUGAGGUGAUGUAAAAUUUACUUUUUGAAGAUGCAAAUCUAUCUUUCGUGUGUCCAAGAUAUACAUCACCUAUUGAAGAUGCUCUUAGACCCGUUGAAUUCAUCUUGAAAAUCCCGGAAAGGCCUGCACUACAGGAUCUUUCUCCGCCCGCCACACCACAUGGCCGCACCUCCCGUGGCGGCCUGAUCAGAUCCCUUCCUCGCAGCAGAGCCGACGGCAACAGGCGGAGGCAGGGACUACUCGCCCGCGCCGGGAUCCUGCUCUGCUAUCCCCAACUCCCCAUCCCGUCCCAGUCUCUGGCCACUGGGUUUCAAGGUUCGGGCUGAUGGCAGAGGUGCUGCAGUACUUGGGACCGGAUCGUCGAGCGGAAGGUACCACCAAUGCGGCGGCGGCAGAAGAACUCGUGGGAGACGACGAGGAGAUCCUGCGGUUCAUGGACUCGGCGGAUGGCUACCUCCUCCUCAUGGAUUCGCUUUCCGCCGCUCUUCGCCAGGGUUGGCUUGAUCUGGCAAGUGCUCGUCACUCGAUGGGCGCAUCACGUGUUUCGAGUGUGCUGUUUGAUCAUAAGGAGCGAUCUGCUGUCACUAAGCUGCAAGUGGAUUAUUCUGCAGAUCUGCAACCAUCAGAACCAAAGCCGCAUUUUGCUCUGUCGAAGUGGUGCUUGCAAGAAGAAUCAAGCUCCAGUGGUGUUAUCUGUGCACAAGAUAGUACUAAACCAAAACUAAGGUACCGAGGAUCAGAAGCUACCCCAGAUGGUAGCAAUGAAUCAGAUGCAACUACUGCAAAAUCUUCUACGGGCGCUGACAUUAGCAGCCAGGUUCAAACUGCAAGAUCAAAAGCAUUAUCAGUGUUCGGCGCAUUGGUGUCUCCAAAACUGCGAACAACCCAAGUUUCCUUUGAAUCAGAUACGGAUGUAUCUCGACUCAUUUUAGUGCUAGAUACAUCCGUAUCUAGACAAAUCUAAGACAAGUAAUUCGGAACAGAGGGAGUAUUUAUGUUUCAUGUAGCACUCGAGCAAAUUGUGGAGCUAGCGAAUUCAAGAUCAACCAUGCUCUCUAGCUUCUCACAGGUAAAGCGCAAAUCAUGAAUCGCUUGCCUGAUUUGAGGUUCUGUACCCUCGCGCACCAUCGAUUCUCUUUGUGGAGUAUCAGUGAUAUGCAAUGGGCAGCGCUUGUAGAAAAUAUCAUAAUCCUAUUUGAAAUAUGAAAUGUUGAUAUACGUGGAUAUGAAAUGGCUAGAAGUGCACGAGAGGCUUGUUUUGCGUCUCGUUGUCUUGCGUUGAGGCAAGCACUAUGUCUGAGCAUCGGCGGUUUCCUUGGUGGAAAUCGACGGGGAAACUUUGUUGUUCCAAGGAAAAUCAGACUCUGAGCAAGAACGGUCAGUCGGCCUUGAGCCUUGAGCGUUGCCUCUCUACUUUGUAAUAACAGAGUAAUACACAUCACAUAUGGAAACUUACAUAACCUCUCUAUUCCUUCUUACACAAACACAACCCAAAGCAACACUCAAAAACCCUAGUAUUAAGCGGCCUCUCAGCUAGUUGGAAACCUAUGGAAGGUCUGAAGGAAAGAAGGGAACUUAACAUGUACAGCAAGUAGGUAGAAGCAUUUCUUCUUGUACCGGUCUAGAGCCUUGACUUGACUGACGAUGGAUGUGGUUUGGACUUGGAGAGGUUCAGUUGUAGGUGCCGAAGCUGGUGCGACCCGAUGCCCGCUUCUCCGCGGCCAUGCCGUCGCUCCUUGGCAGCACGAGGUUGCUGAUGGUCCUGACGAUCUGCCGCUUCAGCUGCCCCCUCUUCAGCGGGGGCCUCUUCUCCUUUGCGCCGCCGUAGUUGCUGAUGCCGCUGCUGCUGCUGUAGGAGUGCUCCAUGGCUCCACCUGUGUUGUGCUCCUUCUUCUUCUUCUUCUUCUUCUUCUUCUUGUGUGUGUGUGUGUCUUGUGUUUGGUCCCUUUGCUUAAUGUGAAGAGGACAUGAGACGGUGAAAAGUAUUUAUAGGCGGGCUAAAUCAUCCGUGCUGUGUUAAUACCGGCGUCUCGCCGCACAUGUUAAUUUUUUUGCCGGA